AUGAGCCCAUCGCCGGGUGAACCCCCUGAUGGGACAAUACCUUCAUGGAUGGAUCCACAAAACUUGCACGGAAGACUGUAUUACUUGACCCUGAAAGCUGCAGAUGGACAUAAACUUCCACAGAACCCGUUCUUAAUUGGAAGAUCAGUGGAACAGAAAGCCGGAGGAAAAAUUGAUGGCGCGUUUUUCGAAAAGAAGAAUGAAUGGUACGUACAGAAGUUUAGGAGUAAAGAUCAAGUUAGAGAACUGGCAAAGUUAACUUGUCUCACCGAUGGUACACCUAUCAUUGUCGGACGUCACCCUAGUUUAAACCAACGCAAAUGCGUCGUUACCUGUCAGGAAGCUGAAGCAAUGAACGAAAAAGAGCUCUUAGCUGAAUUUUCGCCCCAAAAAGUGAUAGACGUUCGUAGAAUCACCAAAAAAACGCCCGCUGGAAUUAUUGGUACACCCACCCUGAAACUUACUAUCAGCAGUACCGUUAUACCGGAGUUCAUCCACUUUGGAUUUCUCAAAGUACGAACUCGUUUGUACUACCCGCUGCCCCUACUGUGUAGGAACUGUUUGAAGUACGGACACACGAAGGAGAAGUGUACCAGCCCCUUCUCGUGCAGCAAGUGCAACUCAACUAGCCAUGAUAGUGCGAAUUGUAAAAAUCACCUGUACUGCGGAAACUGCGAAAAAGAAGGCCACUCACCCAUCAAUCGCGGAUGCCCAACUUGGUUAGCAGAAACAGCAGCAAUAAAAAUCAGCACCGAACACAUUGUUAAGACGACGGACGAGCACCAACAGAAAACAAUAGAAAACAGAAAACCGCAACCACCAACCGAACCUAAACAGAACGUAGACAAAAUACAACAGCAGCAGCCAACACAACAGAAGCGGACAAAUAGAAAAACUGCAAAUCUGAAACCAGGAUCUCCCCCUCGGAAAAGGAUUACCCCUCAACCCUCACCAGCGCAAUCGUCGGAUGAGGCAGAUGAUCGCACCAAAACUAAUGGAUCCCCCAGUUCCCGAUUGAGGGAACAGUUAAUAUUAAAAUCUCCAAUUUCCUCUCAUCGCCCUCUUCCCUCUCCUUACCCCUUCCAACCCUCCCCCCAGGCAUAA